AUGAGACUUCAGCACCUCUUCCACAUCAUUCUUGUUAUCUGUACAAGUCUUCUGCUGAUCAGUGGACAGAAAGCAGGUAGAAGAUGGAGGAGGAAAAUGCAAAGGCACAAGUGUUUGCAAAGAAGAUGCAUGCCUCUGCAUUCAAGAGUUCCCUUCCCUUAAGAUCUAGCUCUUGUGAAACACAAAGCAAAAGGCUGAAGGAACUAGAUGUCUGCGAUGGCAACAUUUUCUCAACUUUGUGGGUGGGAAAAAGGGC